AUGGACUACUCACAGGUUUUUACCAACCUACAGUCAAUAUUGAAGGCAGCUUCAUCCAAAUGUAAGGUUGUAGAUGAAAAGUUCCCCAGUCGAUUUUUUGAGAAAGAUCCAAACAAGAUUUUCGAGUCUUAUAAAAAGUUUCUAAAGCCAAAAGUUGACGGCGAGGGCAAUAUCAAGAAUGAGGACAACCUACCGGUUACUACCAUUGCUGAACGGUUUGAGAGAGGCGAGUAUUUGAAAAAGCAGGACGGAUUCUAUAGACUGCUUCACGACAUAAAGCUUGUGUGCACGCUCCUGAUACACUAUUAUCCGCAAGGCACGCGAACCUAUCAGUUGGUGGACAAAUUCUACAAGUUUGCAACGGAGCUACUUUUACGUGAGUGCUAUAGAUGCGGGAUCACUUUGACGGAUGACUCUUCGGAUGACCAAUACGGUGCUGAAAGAGCUGCUUUUCACAAGCAGAUCGCUAACGAUUUCAUUAGAAUAUCGACUUCCUACUCAGUUCCCUACGCAGAGUCGUACUAUGUUAGCUCCGGCGACAUGGACCUCUUCUCGUCGACCAUCUCGAAAUCUCAGCUAGAUCACAGACCAACAGAGGCCCCUAAUAGCAAGUUUCUCCUGAACAAAGUUAUUCCACAGAUAGGGGACGAGAUCGCUCCUAAGUUGGGAUUCUUAGCUGCGAACGUUAGUAAUAUUCCCGAUCCAACCCUUCCACCUUACGAAAUGAUGACUAAGUUUCUGCAUCCAAACUGGUAUGCUAUGCCAACUACGGUAUGGCUGGAGUACGGCGAUUACAAGUCCUGGGCGCCAUGUUUCAAUGAAAGUGGCACAGUCAUCGACGCAGGGCGCAGGGGUACAAUUUGGCUUGAGAAAAUUGGCUAUACAAAGCUUCAAAAUAUGCGAGACGCGCAAAUAAGCGCGAAGCAGAUUGACGACGUGGCGAGCGAAAGGAAUGAGGUGGCCGAGGGAAAAAGUUUAGCGCCUCAAGGGAAUGGUGAAGCAGAAAUACCUGGCGUAGCCAAAACAGCUGAUGAAAAACAGGAUGUUGUUCCCAUUGACCAGCUUGCAAAUGGAAGGCAACAAGAAAAUGGUAAUACAAAUAAGAUCGAUCGCGAGAGCGAGUCGAAACCAGAAGCGGGUCUCACAGAAGCUCGUUUGCCUGCGAUUAAACUUGAAAAUUUAUACGACUGGGCUCCUGGGAACAUUAUUGAAGAUGACGAAAUCGAAGCAGUCUCAAAUGGAUCCCAUCAAAAGCUAAUAACGGAGCUACUUAUGGAAGUGGCAACGUUAAAAUCCAAAAGGGUAGCGGGAAAAGUGAGCAAACCGUACACACGAGAAAUCCAGCUCUAUCACAAAGUGCAGCGAUUGAUGAGAGAGUUAUUGCUUGCCAAACAAGUGACAAAGAUACCACAAAUAACAGCCCGUUCUUUUCCUGUGUUGCAGGCGAAUUACAUGGGAAGCAUACCCGUGGUAAGGACCGUCCAAACGAGAAAAAAGAAGUAUAGGAAGUGA